UAUAAACAAAUAUAUGAACUCGGGUCUCAGGUAAGAAGAAAACUGGCGUUAAGCCGGCCGUCACCCGGAAUAUCGGUUGCCCAAACGAGAUACGCGUGCAUAUCUCUGAACCGAAUUUUAAGUAUGAAAUCCACGUCAAGUUAAAUCGAAAUAAAAUAGAACGAAACAAAGGCAAGAAGCCGGUAAAGCGCAAGUGAUCUGAUUGAAGUGAAAUCGGUGGAUCCUGGUCGAGUCAAUUAGAGAGGGAGAGAUCAUAAGGCAUUUAAUAUUUCCUUUCUGUUCUGGUUCAAUUUUCACAUUUCGAAACAGAAAUGGCUUCAAAUCCUUUGCUUCUUCCUGAGAUCGGACCCGAUGGCCUUGCCAGAGAAGCACCUGUCAUUGCCUACACCGAGAAGAUAAUCGAGGAAGAGCAGCUUCAAUUGAAAAGGUAUAUUGAGGAAAAUUACUCAAAAAUACGUGAUGUUGAGAGAGAGCUCGCAAAUCUUACAAUGGAGAUGAAACUUACAGCUGGACCUAAAAAAGCAGCACUUGAACACAUGCGAAAGAAAAUAGAAAUGUCAACUGAAAGAAUUCAUGCUGCCAAGCUGAAGGAAGAACAAGCACGAAAGGUGUGGGAAGCAGCAGCAAAAGCGGUAAAGGAUGAGGAAGAAAUUAAGCACAAGUUAUGUCAAGACUUAAAUCAACUGGUCCAAGAAAGCAGUAACAUUCAGUUUUCAAGACUUGAGGAAUUAAAAAGAAGACUAGAGGCAUUAAACCCUAGCAGAGCAUCCACCUCUUCUCCUCAUGAUGGAAAAUCAAACAGCACGGCUCUGGCUGCUGCUUCAGUUCCUCUUUCAACAGCACCAGGUGAUAGAGCCUCUGAUCAAAUACCUAAUCAAGCAAAUAGUGGAAAUGUGCAAGUUGUGAACGGGCAAAAUCAACAGCCUACUCUUGAAGGAGAAGGAAGAGGGAAAAAGAAAAUUCACUUCCAAGGGAGAGGAAGAGGAGUUGGGGCAGUGCCCAAGGGUAGAGGAUCUGCAACACCGGGCUGGACUGGGGCUGGGUUUGAUGUAGAUGGUAGAAGUUAGAACCACCAUAUCAAAAAAUUAUGUUCCUUUUCCUAAUCAAUAAGACUAGUAGUUUUACUUUUGUUCUA